CUCGAUCUAAGCCUUUGGAGUAAACUUGCUGAGAGACUACAAAUCUCUACAAUCAAUCGUUUGAGUGCUCCAAAGUCGAAUCUCUGUCUCUCCAAAUUAGGGUUCCUGUUCGUCCCAAAAUGGCUCGAAACGAAGAGAAAGCUCAAUCGAUGCCCAAUCAAUUCAUCGCCAUGAAGAACGAGGAGAAGAAAAAGCCCACAGAACGCCGCCCCUUCUUGGCCUCCGAGUGCCGCGACCUAGCCGAAGCCGACAAGUGGCGUCAGCAGAUCAUGCGCGAGAUUGGUCGCGAAGUCGCCGAAAUCCAGAACGAGGGUUUGGGCGAACACCGCCUCCUAGACCUCAACGACGAAAUCAACAAACUCAUACGCGAAGAGGGCCACUGGGAACGCCAAAUGGUCGAGCUCAAUGACACAAAACACACUGCCAAAAUGAUCGAUUCGGAAGGCAACAUUGUUGAUGUUCCCAACCCUAGCGGCCGUGGACCGGGGUACUGGUAAUUCGGUGCGGCAAAGAAGUUGCCCGGAGUGAGAGAGUGGUUCGAGAAGCUGCCGGAAUUGAAGAGGAGGAGGACAAGAUAUGAUAUAUAUAAGCGGAUUGAUGCGAAUUAUUAUGGUUAUAGAGAUGAUGAGGAUGGGAUAUUAGAGAAGCUGGACUGGCCGGCGGAGGAGAGGAUGAGGGCUGCGGCAGUGGCGGAGUGGUUAUUGUGAUCUUGUUUGGGUGGAGCAUUGAGUAAAGGGUAAAACUUCAGUCUUCAAUCAGGAAUUUACUUUUUUCCCCUUAACUGUGGAAUGCUUGUUUUUGCUCACGGUUGGAUGAAGAAAUGCAAAUUUGCAAUUGAAAGAAUGCUAUGUUAUUUGAUUACUGGGCCUCUGAAAUAUAUUUUACCUUUUUAUA